CCCCAUCCUUUUUAAUUCCACCUCGUCGGAGACGCCAUGGCCGCCGCCGCCGCCGCCGCCGUCGGGAACCCUAGCGCCGCCGUAGCUGCGACGAGGGUGGGUGGGGCGAAGGCGAAGGCGACCCCGCCUCCCCGUGUGGCGGGUCUGAGGGUGGCGGGGCUUGCUCAGCGGAGGGGCUCCUCCGUGGUUGUGGCCGCAAUGCAGCCGGCGAAGGCGGUGGCCGCGGAGGCGUCGCCGGCCGCGGAGGUGGGGAGGAACGGGGCGGCGCCGGGGCUCGCGAGGCCCGACGCGUUCGGGAGGUUCGGGAAGUUCGGGGGGAAGUACGUGCCGGAGACGCUGAUGCACGCGCUCACCGAGCUCGAGGCGGCGUUCCACGCCCUCGCCGGCGACGAGGAUUUCCAGAAAGAACUCGAUGGCAUCCUCAAGGAUUACGUCGGCCGUGAGACCCCUCUGUACUUUGCUGAGCGAUUGACUGAGCAUUACAGGCGUGCUGAUGGCACAGGCCCUCUGAUUUACCUCAAGAGGGAGGAUCUUAACCACACCGGUGCCCACAAGAUCAACAAUGCUGUCGCGCAAGUUCUGCUUGCCAAGAGGCUUGGGAAGGAACGGAUCAUUGCUGAGACUGGCGCUGGCCAGCACGGUGUUGCCACUGCCACGGUGUGUGCUCGGUUUGGGCUGGAGUGCAUCAUCUACAUGGGUGCUCAAGAUAUGGAGAGGCAGGCGCUUAAUGUUUUCAGGAUGAAGCUUCUUGGAGCAGAGGUGAGGGCAGUACAUUCUGGAACAGCAACUUUGAAGGAUGCCACCUCGGAGGCCAUCCGUGAUUGGGUCACUAAUGUGGAGAACACUCACUACAUUCUGGGCUCAGUUGCUGGUCCGCAUCCAUACCCGAUGAUGGUGAGGGAGUUCCAUAAGGUGAUUGGCAAAGAGACCCGCAGACAGGCCAUGGACAAGUGGGGUGGCAAGCCUGAUGUGUUGGUUGCUUGUGUUGGUGGUGGAUCAAACGCCAUGGGUCUCUUCCAUGAGUUCGUUGAUGAUCAAGAUAUUAGAAUGAUUGGAGUGGAGGCUGCUGGUCAUGGUGUAGACACUGACAAACAUGCUGCCACUUUGACAAAGGGAGAAGUGGGAGUUCUCCAUGGAUCAUUGAGUUAUGUGUUGCAGGAUGAUGAUGGACAGGUUAUUGAACCACACUCCAUUAGUGCUGGACUCGACUACCCUGGUGUUGGGCCUGAGCAUAGCUUUUUGAAGGACAUUGGACGUGCUGAAUAUGAUAGCGUGACAGAUCAGGAGGCACUGGAUGCUUUCAAGCGCGUCUCUCGUCUGGAGGGCAUCAUCCCAGCUCUGGAGACGUCCCAUGCGCUUGCCUACCUGGAGAAGCUCUGCCCAACGCUGCCGGACGGCACAAGGGUGGUGGUGAACUGCAGUGGAAGAGGAGACAAGGAUGUCCACACUGCCAGCAAGUACCUUGAUGUCUAAAAACUCUAGAAAGGGGCUAAAAACGAUAGCUUUUUCCAUGAGCAGUUUUGAAAGGGUGCAAUACAGCAAUUGCUUAGCUUUGUUCUUUGGAUAAAAGUACCAAUAAUGCUUGGAAGUUUGUAUUAGCUACAAGUAUCUUGGUUUGUUUGUCUUGUAAUCUGAAUGAUCGUAUUGGUGGAGUUGGUAAAUAUAGCUAAAUAAACACCAAGCUUUCUCU